AACAAGGAGGAGAAACAAACAUGGCGGCCAGCUAUGCGUGGUUCCUUGUGCUGGGCUCGGUUUUUCUGGUCAACCUCAUGAAAACACUCCUUCCGUCCAUAUCCUCUUUCUUCUCGAGACUGGUGCAAAAAGAUGCCGAGCAGGAGAGUGAGAUGAGGUCUGAGGUGCAGGAGAUGAAGAAGGAGCAGCUCUCAAUAAGCAUGAUGGAUGAGUUUGCCAGAUAUGCCAGAUUGGAGCGCAAAAUCAACAAGAUGACUGACAAGCUGAAAACACAUGUGAAAUCAAGAACGGCAGGGCAAGCCAAAAUGAAAUGGGUUGUGAACAUCGUCUUCUACAUACUGCAGGCUGCCCUGAUGGUCUCCUUGAUAUGGAAGUAUUACGCUGACCCAGUGACGGUGGUCCCCAGUAAAUGGAUCGCCCCUGUGGAGCGCCUGGUGGCCUUUCCAACAGGAGUGGCAGGUGGAGUGGGGAUCACCUGCUGGCUGGUGGUCUGCAACAAGGUGGUGUCUCUGGGUCUGCACGCCGUCAGCUGAGUGACAACACUGGCAUCCUAACCUAUCGUUCAAGAUGAAGACAGCCUCUGUAUUUCGUCUUUUUUUUUUGUCUGCUGCUCCAGGUCAACAUUUUAAAAUGCAGUGCGUUUAAGUUCUGGCUGGUUUAUAUUGCUCUAUAUUAUUUUGGUGAAUUUUGACCUUUGGAUGAUGUUUGGACUGUAUUAUUUAAAAACAAUGAUUUGUUAAUGCCUUUUUAAGAAAAAUAAAACACGAAAAGCUUGUA